UAUCAAUAUAGCAUGGGAAGUAAUAUUAUCUUUAAAAAUUAGAUUCAUGCUUUGAAAAAAGGCCUGUUAUACCAAAAGAAAAACGAACCUACAAAGAAUUGGUAAUUGAAGCUCUAUAAAGUGAACCUUAAAUUUUAGCUUAAACAGAAUGCAUAAGUACAUCAGAUUUAUGAUCUUAGUAAAUAUUGAUAUUGAUCCUUAAAACUCUUAAUUAAAUGAAAUGAUUAAAUAAGUGUAAUACUUAAAUAAAUAAUUAGAUUAUAAGAGGAAAAAGAAAAAGAAUCGAAUUGCGAUGAACUGAGCGAAAUGAGUGAAAGAGUAGAAGAAAGCCUUGAUCUAGAGCUAGGAGUCUGGAAAGUACAGAAGCUUCGAAAGAGACUCUUCCGACAUACUAAUUAUAUUGCUCAUUUAAAAAUAGACACAGGAGUAAAUUUUAUUGUACUAAAAUAGAUUAAUUAAGAAAAUUUGAUUAAAAUAUACUAAGAAUUGUAUAAUAUUGGUUUUCAAUCUUUUUAGAUUUUCAAUUCUAGCAUAAAAGAAUAUACAAUAUGUAGUAAUGCCUUAAAUGUGGAUGGACGAUUAUUCAUACAAAGUUACAAUGAGGGAAAAUUCGGAUGCAUUAUUUGACUAAUUAUUCACAUGGAGAAAUUAAGACUAAAAAUAUAGAGCUACAUUUAUAGUGUUUCACACAGAAACUGAACAAGUAAUAUGAUAUAUUUAAAAGGCAAUUUAAAUAGUAGAUUCAUUUUUGAUGAUAUAUAAUUAAUAUAAUCCUGUGAUCAUUGAGAAUCAAUCAGUAUAAUCAAACUACAUAAAUGAUGAAGACAUAGAUGAAGAUUAAAAAAUGCUUUGA